AGUGAGGAGAGACCAGUGCGAGGAGCCGCACCCCCGGAGCUCCGUUACCGCAGCAGCAGCGGCAGCCGCGCCGGUGGUGUGAUCAUGUGACGCCUGCAUUUCCGACACAACAAUACAAACACCGUGUCGGUCUGCGUCCACGCUCCCACUCGCUCGCUCCCCCUCCCCAGCGCCUCGCUCUCGGUAUGGCGGACGGCGAGAGGUCCCCGUUACUAUCCGACCUGGGAGAUGGAGCUCUCGGCAGCGGUAACGGCGGAGUGUCUCCCGGCGCGGCGCCCUACGGUGUGCCCAACAAACCCCUGAGCUUUCCCCCGUUCCCCAGCCCGACUCAGCCCUCGGUGCUCCUCGGGGAGGAUCCUCCACCCUACUCCCCGCUCACCUCCCCGGAGAGUGGCAGUGCCCCUGUUAUCAACUGCAGGGUGUGUCAGAGCCUGAUCUCCGUGGAGGGCAAGAUCCACCAACACGUGGUGAAGUGUGGGGUCUGCAAUGAAGCCACGCCCAUUAAGAACGCCCCAGCAGGGAAGAAGUACGUUCGCUGCCCUUGCAACUGUCUGCUCAUCUGCAAAGUCACUUCCCAGAGGAUCGCCUGUCCCCGACCAUACUGUAAGAGGAUAAUAAAUCUGGGUCCAGUUCAUCCUGGUCCUGCCAGUCCUGAUCCCCAGCCAGCCGGGGCCCGCGUCUCCUGUGGACACUGCAGCAACACCUUCCUGUGGACAGAGUUCACAGACCGGACGCUGGCCAGGUGCCCACACUGCAGGAAAGUCUCCUCCAUUGGUCAGAGGUACCCCCGGAGGCGGAGCUUGUGGUGUUUUCUACUCUGCUUGCUUUUUAGCGUUUCCACCGCCGGGCUGAUGGCUGGAACGUGGGUGAAGGCUCAGACCUACCAGGGGAUCUACGCCUCGUGGGCCGUGCUGCUGCUCCUGGUUCUCCUCACCUUAGCUCGGGCCUUUUACUGGGCCUGCAUGAGGGUCAGUCAGCCCCUCCAGAACUUCACAUAGAGCCCCCCCCCCCUCCGACUCUGUGGCACCCUCGUCUCAACCCGCCAGGCAGGAGGAAAAAGAUGGCUUUAAAAAAAUCUGAAAAAACAGAAUAUUUAUUUAAAUCCAAGUCCGGAAAAGAAAAUGAUCUUCUCCUCCUGUUCCCUCCCUUUUAGUCAAAUGUGUUUCUAAAACUGGAUGGCGUCGGCUGCGGCCGCCGUGUAUCCAUCGGUAAUCAUGAUGACGCGUAUAGCCUAAUGUACUGUCGAUCUAUUCUAAUCUCGUGGCCAGUGUGGGGUUCAUUUUAGCAUUUUUAACACUUUUCUCCCCCUCUCCCCAGCGCUGUUGAUUCCUUUUGGCUUUAGUCUGUGGCACAUCUGUUGCUCUCCUGACCUCUAAGACGAGGGCUUCAAGUUCAAGUCUUAGACGUGAAAACCGCGCUCGUUUUCUUUUGUUUUUUUGUGGAGGGGGCGACUGUCGAUUUUCCAGUCCAGUUUCGACAUUUGGUUUAAUAUUCCAGCAUUUAGCAAUUUUUUAAACAAAGAAAAAAACAUUUUCUGAACGUGGCAAAGUCAGAUGAAGCUGGGAAAAAAAAAAAGUACAUCCACAACCAGCAGCAGACGACUGGAGUAAUUGAAGGGACGUCAGCCUCCUAUUGUGAAUCAAAAGAUCAAGUAGGUGUUGAAAUGUGUCUGAAAAAUUGAAUUCAGCCGUAUGUGAAGGUAGGCUCUGAUGUGUCUGAACUCAGUGUUUAUGCUGAAUUAUCCCCUGGGACUGACUUUGAUCCAAAGCAGCUUGAAAGCCUUAAACGGAGGUGUGAUAGAAAGAUUCAACACGCUCACACACACACACACAGCCACACACACACACAGCCACACGAGCGCAUAUGGUACACAUCAAAAAGAGGACGCUGUUUUAGAGUUGCAACAGCUUCCGAAACCAGUUUAUAUAGGAGACGUCCCAGCCUCCGUCUUCAAAGACACACCAGUGAACAGAUUUCCUCCGUGUUGAUGCGUCCCUAUUUCAGUAAAAGGGAAAAAAGUGACAUGCACGCCACUUUGCAUUCUCGUCCUGUUUGAGUGUAACAAAGUCUACAGCGGCUUCUCUUUGAUCCAAAAUUCACCCAACAAGUUAACUUUUCUUUUUUAAAAACCUUUUCUGAUUUCUUUCAUUUUAAAUUUUUAUAUUUUCAUAACCUAAAUUGACACGAGAGACACGUUUUUUUAUUCUGUUCGGCUUUUCGGGAAACGGAGGAAAACAUGAAAUGGAUCACAAAGAGCUAUAAUACUCACAAGACCCUGUGAGUAUAAGGAGGGUUUCAGAUUUGCAGCUCUGUCUGUUUCAUGAGAGAAGCUCGGACCUUUUCAGGCCUGUUUUGCUGGCCGAGGUUGAAUAUGUUACAGAACCAGUUCCUAAAACUUUGGGUUUUACAUCAAAAUCUAUCAAAGAUCCUCUAAUGAGCACGAAAAGACCCUUUUCUCCCAAUUCUUUUUGUAUUUUGUUCGUCUUUGGGUUCGUUUAUAGUGAAAAUGUGUCUUGAUAUUGUCGCUGAAGACGGAGGUUGGUCCUGAGGUUUCUGAUUUGCUGGCUGCAGACGGAGCGUUUCACCUAAAGGCCACUGACUAAAGUAAAAGAGGAAAACGCUCAAAGCGAGUAGGUCAGUAACAUGAAAACACACACACACACACACUACACGUUACAUCCUCACGCUGCAUAUCUCCCAUGAUGACUCGUCUGUAGUUCUGAAUGUGGUGACAUUUUCCUUUUCUUAUGGAUUCUGUAUUUUUUUUGUUCUGAUUGUAAAUAUAUUUGUUGUUUAUGUACGAUGGACGUGACUCAGCGAAAUUGCGUUGCACUCCGAGCUUAACACUACUGCUGUGAUCGCUGCCGACGUGUUUUUUUUGUGUUAUUUUUAAGAAGGUUAUUUUUGCAACUCUUCACCUGUUACGUAUUUAAUGAUUUGACAAACUACUAACCUAAUAAGCCUCUGGACACCCGGUCGUGUCCACAUCUUAAAAACACAUCAACAUAACCGCACCGACGAAACAUCGUGACGGAAUCGCAUUCCCAGGCGAUGACGUUUCUAGCUCUCGCGCACACAGACACACACAGACACACACACACACACACCCAGCACCUUAUACAGUAGAGAGGAAACACUGCAUACACCAAGUAAGAGGAGAUGAAGUUACCCUGGUAGACUGAACUGAGCUCGCAGGCAGUUCACAUGGAAGUGUCAUGUUAUUUAUUAUAUACGCUGCAACAAAAAAAAAAAAGGAUCACUUCAACAGUUGUGUCAUUUCCCUAGAAUCGUAUUUAUUGUGGAUGACGUCUGUUAUGCAGUGAGAUUAUUUCACUUUUUUUCAAGACCGGUCCAAAGGGCAUUUAUUUUUCUUAAUUGACGAUUCACCAGUUUAAAGUUGUGUUCAGUGCAUUCAUUUUUAAGAUGAGGGCAGAAUCAAUGUGAUGCAACUUGUUGAAGACCAUUUCUUUUCUUUUUUUUGCAGUGAUCAUGUUUUGACCAUGACUGCAAAAGAAAUCCAUCAUGUUAUUGCCAAUAAUCAAGACCCUGGCUGAUUCUCUUUUCAGAGUUUGUUUACACACAAAUAAAGACAUGAUGAUGAUGAUGUGAAAAACAA